AUGGCAGCACAGGAUGAGACCGUGUCCCUGUCUGCAGAAGAAACUGAAGAGCUUUCAUCCCCUUUUGCCAACAUUCCUGCGAUUGUGUGUGACCAUAGCUAUCUACCAAAUCGAGGGCUGAUGAUUCCUUCUGAGGGUACAGUGAAGGUGGUCAGAUCAGCUGAGCCUUUUAUUGGCCGGUCAGAUGUCCUGGAUCAGUUGGUGCAGUGCAGUGAUCCUGGAAUCUCAGCUGUUCCCAUUAAUGUCCCAGCUGACACGGUCAAGCUUCGUCUGGAGAAGACCCUGAUCUCCAGGGUGCCCCGAGCAGCCUUCUACAACCUGUCAGAGCUGCGCUUCUUGUGGCUGACCUACAACUCCAUUACAUCCAUCCACCCCAGCAGCUUUGUGAACCUGAAGGCCCUGCGAGAGCUGCGUCUGGAUGGAAACCUCCUGACGGCCUUCCCCUGGGAGGGGCUGAGAGACAUGCCCCGCCUGCAGACUCUGGGCCUCCACAACAACCGUUUGUCCAGCCUUCCUGCUCACGCUGCACUAUUUCUCCCCAAUAUCACCUACCUGGACCUAUCCAGCAACAGACUGACUAUACUACCUGCUGAGCUGUUGGACCUUUGGUUUCCUUUCCCAAGUCAACAGGGAGGACCAGUACGAAGAAGAAUUUUGGGUCUCCAUGACAACCCCUGGUUGUGUGACUGCCAGAUCUCCAUGCUGGUGUCACUCUCCAUGUUCUUGGGGAGUCCUGUGGUUCUCAUGGACGAGCUGGUGAUGUGCAGCAGGUCUCUGGGUCAUUCAGGGAUGCUGCUGACCGAGGCCCAGCUGUCCCGUUGUAUGAGGCCGUCUGUCCAGCCUGCAGCCACCAGAGUCAUCUCUCCACUGGGCAGCAACGUCAUCCUCCGCUGUGACGCCACUGGUUACCCAACACCAACUCUGACCUGGAUCAAAACCUCAGCCAGUGCUGAUUGCUGCCAACAGAACAUCAUUGACAACACUGAACAGCUACCCAGGAAUUUGGAAAGUUUCAUGCAGGAAUCUCCUCGAGUCGGAGUUCGCUGGUCAGUAAUCAGCCUGAACGGGUUAUCCUACAAGGACGCUGGUGAAUAUCGCUGCCAGGCACGCAACAUGGCAGGAAUAGCUGAAGCUCCAAUUAAGCUGAAAGUGGUGGGAAUCACAAGAAUAUCCCGACUCCCAAAGAAGAAGUCCAAAAAGACUUCACCCAAGUCAUCAUCAAAAUACAGCAAGCCAAAUCAGACUCUAGCUGCCACCCCCACCCUCUCAAUAAAGGAGAGCCAGAUACUCCAAAACAACACUCAGACAGUUUUCCCCAUUGACAAGGACUCCAGCUCAAUGCCAACAACAGAGCCAGCCGUCCUCACCAGCGUCCCUCUUCCUAGUGCUGCCUCCCCAGCACACCACAACAUACAAGAGGACACAGGCCCUGACAGACUGGUAGAACAUCAGGAGGAGUUUGCUGCAGAUGUUAAAGGACCACCGCCUCCUGAGGAAAUAGAACCGUUUCGGCCCUUUCCUGUGGUUUACUCCGAAUGA